UAUCGCCACAUUUCCUCUUUAGUAUUUCUAUUGGUCCUGUCGCCGCUUCCGCUACGUACGGCGCGCUUAACUGUCACGUUGGGUAGAAACCCGGAAGUGAGCAGCGUAUUGACAAUAUGGCUGCUCAUUUAGCUGGAGGGGGUCGGAGAAAGUCUCGCCGUUGACAGUUGCACGAUUCGGCUUUCACUUUUGGCUUUUACUGCCUCAGCCUUUUUAUGAAUGAACCGACUGCAAGUAGGCCGGCAUGUAGUCAGGGAGCCGAGGUUGUACCGCGAAUGCCCACAUCACCAUGUCCUUUUUUAAGAGGAAAGCAAAGGGCAAAGCACAAGAAAAAGUGUCAGAAGUUCAAACUCCAAAAGUUACUUCUCCAGUUCAUGCUCGGUCACCUUCUCUCGGCACUCGGAAUCAUGCAUUGCAAGAGGCUGCAGGACCUAGUCAUGUGGCAAUUAAUGCCAUUUCGGCAAACAUGGACUCUUUUGCCAGAGGACGCACUGCAAUACUUAAGAAACAACCCAGCCAUGUGGAGGCAGCUCAUUUUGGAGACCUAGGCCGGUCAAGUCUGAAUUACCAAACUCAGGAGACCAAAUCUCGACUUUCGAAGACCGUGGAACAGAUUCUGAGGGACCAGGUCGCCUUGCCCUACUUUCUCCAGUUCAUGGAGCUACAUAGCAAGGAUAAUAUUGUUAGAUUCUGGCUUGAAGCAGAGAGUUUCAGGUCAACUAGUUGGUCUCGCAUUAGAGCCCACAGUUUGAACACAGUAAAGCACAGUUCAUUAGCUGAACCGGCCUCUCCCUCUCCUGGGCAUUGUAACCAGGUAGAUGCCUCUCAGAUGAAAGCACUUGGACAGCCUUUGGAGGUUGACAAUACUGUUGACUUAGCAGGCUCAGCAGAACGGCACUCCAUGACCACCACCCAAAACUAUCAGAAAAACUCUGUAAACUCCCCACAGCGGGAAUCCAGUGCACUCCAUAGAGUAUCUCGGACAGAUUCUCCUGUUAAACAAGGGUCUUCCAAGACAUCAAGCACGAUGAAUGAAUUAUCCAGCAAAUUAAUGAAAAGUAUAGAAAGAGAUGCAGUGAGCAUAUUUACCAAAUACAUUUCACCUGAUGCUGCUAAGCCAAUUCCUAUAUCAGAAGGAGUGAGAAAUGAAAUAGUAGGUAAGAUAUGUGGAGAAGAUGGCCAGGUGGACCCAAAUUGCUUUGUAACAGCACAAUCUUUAGUUUUCGACAUAAUGGAGCAGAAGCACUUUACGGAGUUUCUGAGGAGCCAUCAUUUCUGCAAAUACCAGAUUGAAGUGUUAACCAGUGGUACUGUGUAUCUGGCAGAUAUCCUCUUCUGCGAGUCAGCACUCUUCUAUUUUUCUGAGUAUAUGGAAAAGGAAGAGGCAAUUAAUAUUCUUCAGUUUUGGCUGGCAGCACACAACUUUCAGGAUCAGCUUGCAGCUAAGAAAGGCCAGUAUGAUGGACAGGAGGCCCAGAAUGAUGCCAUGAUCCUCUAUGACAAUUACUUUUCUCUACAAGCAACCCAUCCUCUUGGUUUUGAUGAUACAGUGCGUUUAGAAAUUGAAUCGAAUAUAUGCAGGGAAGGUGGCCCUCUCCCUAACUGUUUCACUACUCCAUUACGGCAGGCCUGGACAACCAUGGAAAAAGUAUAUAUGCCUGGCUUUUUAUCUAGUAACCUUUAUUAUAAAUAUUUAAAUGACCUGAUCCAUUCAGUACGAGGAGAUGAGUUUUAUGGCACAAAUCCCCAGUUACCUAUCACUGGUCAGGACAGUGAAGCUGGUGCUACAAACGCUGAGGGGAUUACUGCUCAGCAAGCUACCAAAAAAGCUAACAUUAAAAUCCUGAAGAACUUCGAUGAAGCAAUAACUGUAGACAUUGCAAGUCUUGACCCUGAAUCUCUAUAUCAGCGGCCAUAUGCCGGUAAAAUGACCUUUGGAAAGGUGAACGAGCUUGGUCAAUUUAUCCGUGAGGCUGAACCGGAGCCAGAUGUUAAAAAAUCAAAAGGCUCCAUGUUUUCUCAAGCCAUGAAGAAAUGGGUGCAAGGAAAUACAGAUGAGGCACAGGAAGAGAUGGCAUGGAAAAUUGCCAAGAUGAUUGUUAAUGAUGUCAUGAAUCAGGCACUUUAUGAAGAACCUUCAGAUGUGUCUACAGAGGUACUUCUAUGGCACUGGCCAGCCACUUAACAGUGCAGCUGUCGGGCAACUGCUGGUGCCGUCUCACCUAAAGUUUCUAACCACUCCAUCAAUGCAUUGUGGCUUCUUCUGCUACAUAUCCAUAACCACACUGGUAUAACAUUACAUUCUCCACCCUAAAAUUUCAGGUUUCCCUGGGUUUUGUGUGUGUAAAGAAUGACUUAAUUAUCAUUCUAUGAUGUUGGGACGAUUGUAGGGCAUGCCUAGGCUCUCGCGUAGAUUGCGUGAACAACAAAUGCAAAACAUCACUGAUAAAUAUACGCAACACAACAUAUUUUUUACUAUGGUGUAAACUAAGAGGAAAAGAGAACACAGAAAAAUUUCCUUUCCUUGUCAUUCAGUUAAGCUACCCAUUACAACUGCUUUGUGUUUUCCUAAAUGUACUUUUUUCUUUAAUUCAAAUUGACACACUUCUUAUUUGUGGGUUAACUGUGAUUUUUGUAAUUUGCAUGGUCACCAUUAUCUAUCCUUCUGUAUUUGUUCAGAAAGGCUAACUAGUGCCAUUUUAGUCAAACAGUCUCAUGCAGUUGUGCAGGCAUGAAGGCAGAGCUACUGAACAUUUUACAUCCCAUGACAGACGCAGAAAUCUGAAGAAGCCGAUGUUCAGGAGAAGGCCCCAAGCCUCUCGGGGUUACUUUGCACUGACUUACUCUUGGUGUGGGUAUUCAUUUUUGUUGCUUUGCUGAACUUGUCAACUGAUUGUCCCUUGUCACCCACAGCCUUGAGACACAUCUGGCCAGAUGAGCUGGAAGACUGAACUUGGUGGACAAGGAUAACGUCAUCCAGUAUUUCUCUUGGAGAGACCCACUAGCAGCAGCAGCACAGUACGCUCACUUGAAAGUCUGCUCUGUUCCCGGCUAUGAAGGCUUUUCUUGAUUUAUUAUAUGAAGAUAUCAUGGUUCACAUUUAAAGGACUGCUUCAGAGGACACCACGUAUAGCUGAUAAUGUGUUUAAACUCAAAUACUGUCUGAGUAAAGUCCAUAUUUGACACAAAAGUCCCUGUUAAAUGGAAAACUUUAAAUGAAUUGAUGGUUAAACAUGUGGACGAAAUACUAAAGUUCAUCUACAGUCCAUUCUCUCCAGAAGCAGAUAGGAAGCAAUUUCUAAUAUGGUAGCCAUGACACAGUGAACCCCCGAGACUUGCUCCUCUUGUCAGUUAGAGAAGCUGCAGAAUGGGCAUGCAACCCCAGUAGGCUGGUUUUAUCUAUAUAUAUAUUUUUUUUUUUUUUUUUAAGCUUUUAGCCCAUACUGACAUACAUUUCACUCCAUGACUUCCCAAAGUAUUCCUAAUGUCGACACUUGUGGGGAAAAAACUUUAUACUAGUAAAUGUCUGUUUUAUGACGAUCACAGAAAUUAGAGUAUUGUGUAAUGACUUGCAAAAUUUUCCUUUUCAACAAAAGCCCGUUCCAUGACUCUUGUUCAGUGAAUAACUGUUUCAUUUGAGGUUCACUACGGAUUCUCGGUAAUAAUGAGCAGAAACAAAUAAUUAAAUCCUGUGUCCAUGUUUCUUUGGUACUGUGUACCUUUACUAUGUAUUCAUAAGCUUAUGUAUUCAUGUACUUAAUCUGUAAUCUAUUUAAUUAAUUUCAAAUAUAUAUUGUUGAAACUUGCA